AUGCCGCCAGUCUGACCACUACCUUCACUGGUGUCUGAUGAUUGUCUGACUACAGGAUGUCAUCAUCCUCGUGAUAGACACCGGUUGUCGUACCAAAACGUGUGCCAACAUCAGUGAAAGACACCGAAGACUCCAGGGUCCACUGCUCCCAAGGAAAGUAGUAUGUGGCAUAAAUUCUGUGCAAUCCACGUGGAAAAAUGUCAACGUUGCUGCACGCUGUCCUGCCUAUCGUCCACUUCGUUUACAGCGUUUACCUCGUUAUCUCGACCCAGUGGGCGUUAAUUCAGAGUCGGUUUUGGAAAAAAUUCAGUUGCACUGCCUCAGGAAGUCCUGAGUGGGACGUGAGUGGAAUUAAAAAAUUACCUGGACACUUGGCUGUUGUUGUUGGGUUCGAGGAUGUAUCCUUCGUUGAUCUCGCCAAGAUUAUUUGCUGGACGGCUAGUUUACGAAUACCACAUGUCAGUUUUUAUGAUUUGGAUGGAGUCAUCAAAAAGAAUUCAAGCAAAUUGAGGAGAGAAUUCGAAAUCCUGAGGCCUAAUCUUGACUUGAGAGUCACUUGGGAGCCGGACAAAACCUCAACAAAAGAUCACACAGCGAAUGAAAUCAAUGGCUUCACAUCCACGAAGGUCCACUUUUUAUCAUACGACAAUGGUAAACACGGUAUAAUUGAGUUUACUAAGGAAUUGUCACACGCGGUGAGCCAAGGAUUUCUGAAAACUAGUGAAAUUGACAUAAAACUGAUAGACGAGAAAUUGCAGUACAAUUUCCCUGAUCCUGAUCUUGCGAUCGUCUGUGGCAAGACAUUUUCCACAUUUGGAGUACUUCCAUGGCACAUACGCGUAACUGAAUUUGUUCAUUUAUCAACUCAUCACGACGUCACCCAACAAGACUUUAUGAAUAUACUAGUGAGGUACGAUCGCUGUGAGCAGCGAUAUGGUAAAUAAUUGAAUCGGUCUUUCGUUGGAAUUCUUAUUCCAAUUGCUGCCUGUACACACGAUUUACUACCUCAAGGAGGCCAUCACCGAUGAAUUAUCGAAUGAUAGAUACUAACGAAUGGGCAUGUAAUUGAAAUUGUUGCUGAAUACCAAAUGGUUGACGGCUGAUGUCAAUGUAAAUAAUAAGUAGUUAAUCAUUUAUUUAUGGUGUAUAUGGUGGGUUGCUGAACAAAGAGGAAAUGAGGAAAGCUGUGUGUUCCUAAGGGAGAAACGUAUGUUAAAUGGAAAUUCUCUCAAAAUUUCGACUACCAUAAUCUAUUAACAUAUCUCGAAAUUCAGAUGCAUUAAACGAUAGUUCAAAUCUCUGAUAAUUAAUUUAAUUAGCUUUGAUACCACAAAAAAUAUUAUUCUUCAUACUUUGUACUGCAUUUUUCAUUUGAGCUGAGUAACGUUUAUUGUCGGGGUACGUAGACUAUAAAGUACAUUCCAUUAUCUUUCGGUUUAUACAGUAAAUAAAAAUCCAGGAUAUUUUUUGAGUUGAAUUUUCGAUGGAAACACAGAUGGAUCAGUAAAUAAAGACCCCCGGAUAUUUUGUAAAAUGAAUUUUCGACGGGCAUGUAAACACUGAUGGAUAUCACAAAAUGAAUGAAAUAAAUCCAGACAAUGUUCCGAA